CUGCACUGCAUGCGCAUCGUCCCAGUGCUGUAUCCGUAGGAACGAACUCAGGACCUAGGUAGGUAGGUAGGUAGGCAGGUAGGUGGGUAGGCAGAGGUGGUCGAGUACAUAAGAAACUCACCUCUGCCUCCAAUGGUAGCAUCGUGUAACCCUCCAUCUGGACCUCCCAGUUUGGGUCUGGAACAGUCUCGUAAUCUGCCAGAUGGAUGCAUUUGCCUCUUUGCCCUUUCUCUCCAUCAUCUCGCCCCAUCAACAAACCACCACUGUCGUGUGGAGACCUGCAGUAUGUGCACUGCAUAUAAAGGGUCCCGGCUGUCCAAGAACCCCUGGAUAUGUACUAUGUACAUCGUACAUACAUCACAUGCACAUGCUCUUUAUCCCCUGUUCCGCCAUCGGGUCCCAUCACCCCAUCAUCACCACCCCGGGCUGCUGCGCUGCAACCCUGUGGGUGCCUCCGGAGCUUCCAAACUCUAUUGCCCCCCAGAGAUGCUGCCACUUAUCGCCCUCCCCAAAAAAGGAAGAAACAAAGACGAUGGGAAGACCGUGAGACUCGAUUCCGACCCGUCUCCGACCCGUCUCACUAUGACUGGAACCCCUGCCCAGACUUUUGCCAUCGUCAAGAAGGUCAAUCAAUGUCAGCACCAAGACGCGCCUCGCCCAUUCCGAUGACACGCCCGCUGGGCCAACCGAGAAAUGAGCAACCACGCCCAUCACAUUGGCAUCGCUGACAUCCGAGAUGAGCUGCCACACCACACCACACCCCUUCUCAUCCUACAUUCGACCGCCAACUCAUCUCACCGCCCUCUCCCUCCCCUUCCCGAAACAAUCUGCAGCUGCUUGCAGACAUUAGCAGCCCGCCAGCUUCUCGCUCAUCCCAUGGCCGUGGUAACCUUUUCCC